GAAAUGCAUCAAAUACAAAGUUAUGAAAAAUUCUUGCGAAAUUCAUCCGAGAAGAGAUGUGAGAGGUGCUGUAAGAUUAUUUGUUUUGGACCAAAUUCACGCUACAUUCAACCGCCGAGGGAGAAGAUCCUGAAACCCAUAGAGGCGAGUCACUUAUCCACCAAGCCUUUUGCCGGAGAGACUGUAUAUCAGAAAUCCUUCAAUGGUGUGAGUGGCCAGGAGAUGCUCCGUUAUCGUCGCAAGGCAAUGACGCAAAGCGGUGAAAUUCACAAAGCUGAAGGAACAAUGCCUCAUGACACAAUCUUUACUCUGUCUUACCAACCCAAUAUCGUUAUCCGUCGGACACCCAUUCUACCGAAGAAUAGAACACAUAUCAGCAAUGAACCACUAGAGAGUCUCACUACGCACAUGCAUGACUUCUUGCCGAAAUAUAUGGCAAAUCGUUCCGGCAAGAUUAUUCACGAAGAUAAUCUAAAAACGCUACCAGGAAAAUUUUCUGGAGAUACUGUUAACAGAUUGUCUUAUUCUGUACCAAUUGGUGUCACAAAGGUAAAGUGUUUGAAGCCAAAAAUUGAUUAUCAAAUGCCAACAGAAUCUUUAGAUGACAAAACAGUGUAUAAACUAAGUUAUGGGCCAACGCAAAUGCCCCUCAAGGAGUUUUAUCCGUGGAUGAGGAAGGAAAGAGCAAUUGUAGUGAACACACCUAUGGCUAGAGAAACGGUAUAUCGAAAAAGUUAUAUUCCAAAUUCAGGUUACCAGCCAUCUAAACCUAUUAUACCGGCACAAGGAGGACAAUUAUUCCACAUUGCUGAAAAGUUCAAGCCGAAUUCAAUUUAUCAGCUCAGUUAUAGUAUCAACAAAAUUGAUAGAGUUCUUCCCAUUGUCCCAAAAGGUGAAAUUGAGCUGACUCAAACAAAAAAAUUCGAAGACAAUACAAUACAUAAAUUAAGUUAUCUUCCACCUGUGAUUGAUGCCAGGAGGCAGUCUUUGAGGCCAGUUUUGUAUAGUGUGACUAAUAGCGAACGAAUGGAAAGUGUUACAACGCACAUGAGAGACUUUAUCCCAAAGACAACCAAUAAAAUACUUCCAUUGAAGCCAAAAAAGUCAGAAAUGUGUAUAAAGGAUAUUGAUGUGGGCGAGUUAAGUACAGCCACCAUUCAAAAUUUAUCAUAUAUGGCCCCUAAUAUGGCUGAAUUCCAACCAGCAAAAUCAUGUAAGCCAAUAAGUAAGGAAUACCGCAGUGGGGAGCCAUUUGACGGACGUACAGUUAACAAGCUCAGCUUCCUGCCACCACCCACAGGUUUUCAUACCAAGACCAUUCCAUGCAUAAAGAAAGAAUCUACUCAACAAUCCUCAGCAAAGAUGAGUAAGGACACCAUCCACAAAUUGAGUUUUCUUCCUCCUGGACAAAUCAAUGAUGACACCUGUUGUAGUUGUAAAAAUCCAAUCUUAUCGUGUGAUCAAGAUGAAUAUCCAAAAGCAGCAAUUUGAUGGAUUUGCAAAAUUUUCUGUUUAUUCCUUAUCGGUACUGCUACACAGAUUCUGAUUGAAUAAUAUAUGGUUCAAUAAAUACGCCCUAUGUUGCUGUUGAAUCUUCUCUAAUCUAUUUGAUUUUCGAAUGUUUUCCCAUGUCUGGUAGCAAACAUCUCU